UUUGAAAACAAAACACGCACGUUAUUAUACGGCAAAUUAUUAUUAUAAAAUAUCACGUACCCGCAUUUUAAAAUCGAUUUUAUUCUAUUGCAAAAAUGGAAAUGCAUGAAAAUGAUAAGCCGAGCAAAGAGCCGCAGCGGCAGCUAAAUGUGCUGGGGCUGGGGCUGGGGCAAAGGCAGGAAGAGGGGCUGGGGCAGGGCGAUCGGUUGGGGCAGUUGGAAGAGCAUUCGCCCAUUAUCGGCGUCAUGUGUAUGGAUUUGGCUCAAUCGCUGAACGCACAUUAUGACCCUGGCCAUUGGCAGAGUUAUUUGCCGGCCUCCUAUAUCAGGCAUCUGGAGGCAUCGGGCGCAUUGGUCAUACCUAUUUGGAUUGGCCGUGAUCGUGCUUAUUAUGCGCAAAUAAUGAAACUGGUUAAUGGUGUGCUGCUGCCCGGUGGCGCUGUCUAUCUGGAUGAUGAGGACAAGCACGUAAAAAAGGAUUCAAAAUUGACAAACUUGUGUGUGCAGUCCAUUCAGUAUAUUUAUGAGCUAGCGCUGGAGCGUAACUUGGCGGGCAGCUACUUUCCCCUAUGGGGCACUUGUCUCGGCUUUCAGCUGCUACUGAAAAGUGCGGCACGUGCGGCUGGUGCGCCAAUUAUGCGCGACAAGUGCGGCGAUAUAUUCGAUGCAAAGCCAUUGCAACUGGAGCCGGGCUAUGCGACAUCCCGGAUAUUUGGCCAGCUAUCGCCGGAGCAGGCCAAGCAGAUGGAGAGCGUGCCAUUUGCCUGUCAUCAGCAUAAGUUCUGCAUCACGGAGGAGAGUCUGGCGAGCAGCAAGAUGGACACCGAUUGGCAUGUGCUGGCCACGCGCACCUCGGAAGCGGGCAUGCGCUUCAUAACGCUCAUCGAGCAUCGUGUUCAUCCCUUCUUUGGCUGUCAAUUUCAUCCGGAGCGUGCCGCCUUCGAGCAGCUCUUUGCCCGCAACGAUGCCUGCCGCGAUGCCCACACCAGGGCGGGCAUCCAGCUGGCCCAGUACUUUGCCGAAGUCUUCGUCGAUGCCUGUCGCCGCAAUCCGAACAGAUUCGCCAGCGUGGAGCAGCUGUCGCGUCACUUGAUCCAAAACUGGCAGCCCGUAUUUAGUGGUCAGUAUAAGAAUUCCAAUUGGCGGGAGGUCUAUCUCUUUCCCAAGGAUGUGGACUAUGUGCAACCAGUUGAUAAUUGAGCUAUGGCAAUUGAUGAUGAUUGAUGAUUCUUUCCGGAAACAUGAACACGAACGACAAACCCGAUAAGACUCUUCUGAUAUUUCUAUUUAUAAUAUAUACACAAUAUACAAUCUACUUAUAUUCUAUAUAUCUCAUUAUAUAUUUCACUAUAUAUCUUACUAUAUAUCUCACUAUAUCUCAUUAUAUCUUACUUAUAUUAUAUCUUA